AUGGAUCGACCUUGGGUGCAUAGCAAAUUGUUUUCUCCCGAGCACAUUGAUGGUGUGAAAGAAUUUAUGAGCUUCAUUCGUGAAAAAUUCAGUGAUAAGGUUGAGAUUCUGUGCCCAUGUGGUAGAUGCCUUAAUCAGAAGUAUCAAUGUCAAGCUAUAGUGAAGAAGCACAUAUUGAUUAAUGGAAUGGACAGUAGUUAUACUCGAUGGAUUCAUCAUGGAGAGAACUCGGAUGAAGAUGUUAUUAAUGAUCCUAUUGAUGUUCAUGACAUAGAUAUGACAGAUGAUGACAACUAUGGUGUUGAUCCUUUAGAAGCAGUUUUAGGCGACCUAAACACUGCUGAAGAACAAACAAGACAUGAUGGAGAAAAUCUGGAAGCUGAUGCAGAACCUGAUAAACAAGAUUCAUUUUUCAAAAUAGCCAUGAGAGAGGCAAAGCGUCAACUUUAUCCUGGUUGUACAAAAUUCUCAAGGUUCUCUUUUGUGGUAAAGCUGCUUCAUAUGAAGUCAUUAUAUAGGAUAAGCAAUUCUGCUUUUUCUGCAGUAAUGAAGCUAUUGACUGAAGCAUUCCCGGAAUGGAAUACACUCCCAAAAUCAUAUAAUGAAGCAAAGAGUCUUCUAAAGGAAUUAGGCCUUGGAUAUGAAUCAAUACAUGUGUGCUCCAAUAAUUGUGCGCUAUUCAGGAAGAAAUAUGCCAAGCUUGACAAUUGUCAUGUUUGUGGUCUGUCAAGAUGGAAGGACCCAGAAAGGAAGAAGAUACCAAAAAAAAAAGAUCAGGACGAGGAAGCGGAAAAAGAACACGAUGCAUUUGAAUUGUUCCAAAUGUGCCACUUCAGCAAGAAAAAGGGCUACACACCUGCUGUACAAUCAGUUAUUACUGAAAUGGACACCCAACUGGCUGCACAACCAACAGAAGGUGAACAACCCAAGUCUGUGCUUCAGGUUGUAGCUAAUGUGCUUGAGCGCAACAACAAGAAGAGCGUGUUCCUUCAGUAUGUGGGGAUGCAGACUAAGCAACCAAGGUUGAGUGCACAACUAGAAGCAGAGAAGAGGGAAAAUGCUGAGCUUCGAUUGAUUGUCAGCAACCAGCGUGAACAAAUGGAAGGCUUGAGCAAGAAGCAAGCUGAAUUGGAGGCUAAACUAGACCUUGCUUUGGGUGCUGUUCUGGAACUUUUGCUGCCUUUGCUCCUAGAAUCAAACUGCUACCUAUAUGUGCUGCAGGUCUUGCUGGUGUGGAGGAACCUGAAUGCACAACCUGGUUGCUGCUUGGUGCUCAGUCCUCAGACUUUUGCUGUUUUUGGGUUUCUGUCAUGA